GAACAAAAUGCGCUGAUUACAAGUGUUUCCUUUUGGAUUACUUUCCUUUUGCAAAAGACUUAAAUAGGCAAAAGACUCUAAAGUGAAGGCACAUCAUUUCAAAAGAUGUCACUCAGCCAAAGCAAUCGGUUAGAAACGAUCCUUGAAGUUGCUGCUCAAACCUUGCAUAUCCAGACACUUAAUGGUUACCUACAAAGGGAUUUUGAUAAAGGCAUCACCAUACAAUGUUCUCAACAGAUUCUUAACAAACUAGAUAAAUUUAUUUGCAAGAGUUUAGAACAGGGCAAUUCUCCAGCUGCCAGUUUGGGUUUUACUGUUAUUUACAAAUGUGGCAAAAACCUGAAACUACCUGGAGGCCAAGGACUGUCUGCACUAAUAGCAAAUGGAUUGGUUAAAAAGAUGUUGCAGUGGUUUGAGAAGUGCCGACAGUUGUGGGUUCUUGGUGGUUCUUUGAGGGAUGAGCUCUUGUUAAAUCUAGCAGAGGACUUCUUUGAUGCUUUAAUGGUAAGCUCAUAUGAAUUAAAGUGUAUAAUAGGAGCCGUUACAGUUACAGAGUCCUUUCUCUAUCCCAUUGGUCACAUCGCUGUUGACCCCCGAAUCUACAUCCUGAUUCAGAAAGAGGCAAUACAUAAGUUCAACCUAAUUUUGAACAAAAUCCCAAUUGAACUGAGGAAAGAUGGGAAGAUUCUGCGGUCACAGGAGGCGGCAGAUGUCAUGUCCAAACUGGCCAGUAGGAUAUUAGAUGGUGGUGAUUAUGACUUCCAGACCACUCUGAUGGAGGCUUUGUGCCGAAUGGCCACAUGUGAACAGAGGAAGCAGCUAGCAGAUCACUGGUUCACCAUGGAGCACGUGUCUGCAGCAUUUGUCAAAAUCAGAGACAGCGAGUUUGAGACGGAUUGUCGUAAGUUUCUCAACAUGGUCAAUGGAAUAAAAGGAGACAAAAGAAGUGUUUUCUCAUACCCAUGUUUGGAAGUAUAUCUGGACAAAAAUGAGCUGUUGAUGCCAGCUGAUGAGAAGCUGGAGGAAUUCUGGAUUGAUUUCAACACUGGCAGCCACAGCAUCUCCUUCUACUUCUCUUUGCCCGAUGAAGACACACAGGAAGGACAGUGGGAAAUUAUGUGUAUAAAUGAGAAUGAAGUCAACAGUUACACUGUCAAAGAAGAGGGCAAGAGGAGGGUGCUGGAGCUGGACCUGUCUGAGGUGGUGGUCAUGGGCUCUGUAGAGGGGUCCUCUCUUACUAUUCACUUCAGCUGUGGUCUAGAAAUCCUGCCUGUGGUUCAGAAUGUUUUUGGCCACAAUAAAAACACGGCUUUUGUAGGGAAGACAGGAACGUCUGUGGUGAAGACAACCGUUAAAGUGCUUAUGGAGAACAGUGCCACCUCUCAGAUUAUCCCUGAAAGCCAGAUGUCCCUUAGGGAAAGUGACAAAAAUGUUGCUCCCAUCAAGGUAAACUGCACUCAGAUGAAAACUCCAGCCAAAAGGAGGCUAUCUGAGUCGAUCACCUACAUCAGCAGCAGUGGAGGUGGCAGUGCCAGGUCUGUCUCUACUGUUCUGCCUGCAGGCAGAUGUAAAGGGAAGACCUCUCUGGAGAUGGUCUGCUCUGUUGAAAGACCAGGACCUAAUUACUUUGCUGAAUUGAAAACAACAGCAAAGACUAACUCCACCCCUAUCACUGCCAGAAGAGACAGUGGAACCCAACAGAACAUAUCUUUAACAAAGGCAAGAAGUACAGUUUUAUCAGGACCAAGUGAAGACAAGCCUCCUCUGGACAGUACUUUUGUGCCUGACUCACAGCCCACAACUGGCAGAAACAUUUCAUCAAAGUGGCACAAAUAUUCUGUCUCUGAUAUGCUGAUGAUGCCAACACAGAAAAUGUGCUCCCUGCCAAUAUCUGUAUCUCCACCAAGUUCAGCCCAAAAGCAGGCGUGCCCCUCUUCUGCACAACAGACAUCUGCUUCAUCCUCUGGCCCACUCCACCCUAAGCAUCUCCAUGCCAAGCUCACCAAGCGCCUGCAGCAAGUGCUGCAUGAGAGGAACCAAGACGCCCCUUCUCAAAACGCCGUGGCCCAAAAAAGAAAAAUGUCUGACACCAAAGAGGACUGGCAAAUCAAGAAUCCGACUGAUGAGUGUGUGGGACUUGCUCUUAAAGAGAAAAAGUCUCAGAGAAACAGCAAAGCCAAAGCAAAGGGUAAAAUCAAGCCCCAAAUGGAGGAAGAGGGUGUUGUGAAAGCUCUAGGGAAGGCUGCAGAAGAGAAGAUGUCCAUCUCAGUCAAAAGUGCUGCUGUUUUGAGUAAAGAAAAGAGAGAUGAGGAGGUCACUGGUAACAUGGUGAAGCACAUCUCCAGUUAUUAUGAAGGCAAUUCGCUGAUCAAAUUGAAGGGAAACAAAAUCAACCAGUGUCUAAUACCACCACUUAUUGACAGACCUUUUUUCAACAUGAAGUGGCACACGUCAAUGGGAAAUGUCAGAACUUUGGCCAAGUCAAACAGCAAACACAGCAAAGAAAACAACAAGUCUACAAGACAAAGAAAAGAUGUUUUUGCCUUCAGCGUUGAUACACCACAAAGUAUUGGGAGAAACAAAGCCAUCACAUCCUCUACAUGCAUCAGUGUCACAGAUGAAGAGUCAAGACUUCCCAGCACAAAGAAAAAGGAACAGCCACCCCCCAAAGCCAAGCGCUACGUGAAGAAGCAUCUGUUCAGUGACACUGACACUGACCGCGGCACCACAGAUGUUAGCUGGCUAAGAGAGUCCAGCAGAAAACCCAAACCCAAAGUGACCAAGUACCCCCGAGCUGCUCCUGCUAAAAGUAAAGUGGUACCUGCUCUACCAUCAUCUUCCCCUGUACCUUUAAAAGACAAAACUAAUGUGAAAUCAAUAAAGAAGGCUGUGGCCAAACCGCAGCAGAAAAAGGAGAAAGCUGCUCCAGCUGUGAGAGAAGCUCCAGCUCCCAUCAGGAGGCCCUUUAGAGCAGCAGCCCACACCUCUAAACACUACAAGGAGACAGACAGCGACGAGAGCCAAUCAGAGUCUGAGCUUUUCAAGGUCAUAAAAUCAGAUAAACCCAACGAAAUUCAAGAAACAAACAAGAAAAUGAAACAGCAAUCUAGAAGCUAUGUUGAGCCUGAGAGCAACAACAGCAGCCAGUCAGAAUCUGAGGAGGAGCAACCAUCUUUUUCAAAGCCAAACUAUGUUGUAGACGAGAUACCAAAACAAGAGAAGAAAUUAAAUGUGAGAUCAGAACAAGCAAAGAAAAAACUAAAUGAGGAAAAUAAGUAUCACAAAGCUUCGAUAAAGUCAUGUGAAAAGCCUGUAAAUGUUCUUAAAGAAAAUGCCAAUAACUCGACCCAGAAGAAUAGAGCCCCAGUGAAAGAACAUAGUGGGACAUUGAAGGAGCCCUGGGCCCAACGCCAGGUCCUGUCCCCACCCCCUUCUUUUAUUGAGAGGAUGAGAUCUGCAGAGCGGUCAGGCCCAAGCUUUGAUUUGCCCUGUUCCCCAGUUUUGAGCCUGCAGGGGUCCCCUCUCACCGUGUCCCCAAACCCUUAUGCCCCAUCCCCCCUCAUGCCCACCCUGUUGCUGCCCAAACUGCGCUCCACAGUUAUCAGUGCAGAACCGUUCACAACGCCGUCUUUCUACAAUGCAGAGAAGAGGAGCACCACGGGAAUACAGUCCAGCAAGUCUGUGACCUCACUCUCCUCACUCAACCACAGUGGCCACAGCAAAGCCUGUGGAGCCAUUAGAACCAAAGCAGUCCAGAGUCCGGUGCAGCCGGAUGUGUUUUCUCAGUCUCCUCUGUCUCUGUCGCGGCCCUUAAUGACAUCCACUCUGGUCAAUCAGGACCAGGCCACACUGCCCUCUCUACCCCCCUCAGUGCCCCCCUCUCUGCCUCCCUCCCCGCUCCCAGAGGUGCAUAGCAGCAGAGGCUCUCAGCACAGCUUGACUAAAAUGUCUCCUGUCUCUGAGGUCUCUCUAAAUUUUCAGUCCAGUAAGUCAUCAUUUACAGGCAAGGUUGUGGAGAAAGCCAGUGUCACUUUGAGGACAGAGAAAACACCAUUAAGGAAUGAAAGCCUCACCUCUAUGGAGGAUGUGGCAUCAGGUCCCAGUCGUAAGAGACACAAGUCAUACUCCUCGUCCAAUAACUCAGAUGAAGAAGACAAAGAACAGAUGAAGAAAAGCAAAAUGAGAACACAGCACUCUCCUCGAAUGAAACCUAGGAAACUCUUUAAAUCUGCAUGUAAAGCUCAAGAUCUGACAGAGAGCUGGAAAGACCAAAGCACCAUAGAAGAGGCCAGCAGAAUGAGCAAGCCUAAAGCUGCAAAGAAGAAGUCAGCAGAGGGAAACGUCAGUGUUAAAAAGAAAAGCGAGACAUACAUUCAUGAAGACACAGUUUCAGCUGAGCACGGUGUGAGCCAGGUUCUGUCCUCCUCCUGCACAGUGGUCAGUGGACACUGGGAUGCAGAUGUGGAGGAUGGCGAAAUGGAUGAGGAUUUGGACACACCCGGACUGAACCCACGAGAAAUGUGCCGAGAGUUCUCCUGCAAACUUCAGCAGAAGUUUAAGAGUCGAUUCAAGAUGGUGGAGGUUUACAACAAACACUCUUUGAAGACGGUCCAGCAGCAGAUUUCAACAAUCAAUUCUGAGGUUGCCAAGCACAGGGCGCAGGGGCUGGAGCAGGUGCAGAGGGUUCUUUUGGAGGAGGUCCAUACACUGGAGCAGAACGACACUGUGCUGAAAAACAUGGAGAACGACCUCACUAUGCACUGGAACAAGCAGACCGUGGCCUUCUGCUCUUUACAGAAACAUGAGAAAAGAAGAAACGAUGUUCUGAGAAAAACACUGCAGAACGUGUGUCACAGCCUGGAGUACGAGGAGCGAGUUUUCACAUCCCAGAUGUGUCUCAUAAGGAAAGACAUGAAGUCAGCUCAGGACAGACUGCUCACUGAAAUGCACGAGAGAGAGAUACAGAGCAUCAAGAGAGGUCUACACGCCCUGUUUUUUCCUGAUGCAACCAGGUUUUAACGUGAAAAAUCCCUUUGAGCUUCUCCCCUCCAAGGUUUAGUAAGGCCAUGUCCUUGCAAUGACACAACUGAUGGUCUGCCUCAAAUAUGCAGUUUUUAUUUGAAAAGAAUUAUCUGGUAUUUUUACGAAGUAUUCACACAAUCUUUCAUGUUUUAAUGUUCGGAUUUUAUUACAUAUUUUGGUUGCUCUGGUUUCGUGUUAUCUUGAUAAUACAACAAAUAUGUGUUACUGCAAGUAAAAGUGAGGAUUCUAAUGGCCUGUUCUGUGACUUGAAUAUAGUUUAUUCAUAUAUUUAUGCAAAUAGGUUAUGAGAGAGCUAAUAAAUUUAAUCUGUAAUAGUGUUUCCUAUGUUUGCAUUUUAAUUGAGAGUUUUAAGAAAGAGACACAAUUCUUACA